AUGGCCAUCACCGUCACCGUUCUUUUCCCGAACACGCCGGACGCCAAAUACGACAUCGAUUACUACGUCAACAAGCACAUGCCACUGAUUCAGACUCUUUGGGGGAAAUAUGGCGUCAAAAGCUGGUCGGCAACCAAGUUCUCGAAUGGAGUCGACGGCUCACCUUCACUCUACGCUUUCGGAUCUGUCGUCGUGUGGGAGGAUCAUGAGGAGAUGAAGAAUGCGUUUUCUGGGCCGGAAGCCAAGGAAGUUAUGGGAGACAUUGUGAACUUCAGCAACAAAGAGGCGGUUUUCCUCAUCGGGGAGGUAGUGCAUUAG